GUGUUUGUAGCUGCCUCGCUACUGCUGGAACUGUUAUCAGUUUGUCCGUAGCCUCUCAGAAUGCUCGUAAAACAGCGGGGAAACCGUCUUCAUUGUUAGGUAUAGUUACCCAAGACUACCUAAUGUAGCCGCGCUCACCGGGUGAUUGAGUUGCCCUUUGUUCGUUUCAUGUCAAUCGGCACUCGAUUCAUUCUUUGGUUUAGCUCACGGUGGCUAACUAGCUCGGUUAGCUCCGUUCCUGCUCUGUCACAGCUUAGCCGGCCGGCGAACUCGUAACAACCGAGCGUUAAUUCAUCAUGACAGCCAUUGCACGCGUUUUAGUCGAGGUACUAGGUGAACUAAUUUAAAGGGCCCGUUUGGACCAGCAGUAGUUAUGCUGUUAAGCCUCCGAAGUGUGGGUGUAAGGCGUUAUUCUGUUUGAAUGAGGUCAGUUUGAUAGUGGCAGUUCUCUUGGUGACGAGUUGUCUGUGACAUAGCGAGUACAUUCACGGCAGUACCGAACCCUGGUUCUGCCAGGAUGUUCCCCAGUCUGGCCCACAGACCGUGGCAUAUCGUCUGCAGGCUGACUUUGCAGCACCGGGCGUCCCUGUCACAAAGACCCCCGAGGAUUCAGCAUUGUCAUGGGUGGCAAAGUGGAGGGGUGCAUAAUGUGUGGCUCAGCUCCCACGAUUGCAGAGUUGCUUCUCUUGGAUUCACUCAAGUCCAGUAUUACUCAACUUCUGGUGACAACAAGGAUGACCCCCCGAAACCUGGACCAGGUGAUGCACCAGUUGCUGAAAGCAUUUUGUCCAGUGCUGCAAAAACCGCCCUGAAUACGCCAGGAUCAACUGCGCAAAAGCUAACAAAAGCUGAAACCAUUCAAGUCAAAGUCCGGGCAGUUCUGAAGAAACGGGAAUAUGGAGCCAAGUACACACAGAACAAUUUUAUCACUGCUGUGAGAGCAAUGAAUGAGUUCUGUUUAAAGCCAAGUGACCUGGAACAGCUAAGGAAAAUCAGACGACGGAGUCCUCAUGACGACACAGAGGCUUUCACUGUGUUUCUACGCUCAGAUGUGGAGGCAAAAGCAUUGGAUGUUUGGGGAAGCCAUGAAGCUCUGGCCAGAGAAAGAAAACUCAGAAAGGAAGUAGAGAGAGAAUACCAAGAGAAUAUUUUCCGAAAUCAACAGUUGCUGAAGGAAUACAAAGACUUCUGGGGAAAUACAAAGCCCCGAUCUGGAAAGAGGACUACUUUUAUGCAAGGACCAGGGAAGGUGGUUAUGGUCGCCAUCUGCAUCAAUGGUCUGAACUUCUUCUUCAAGCUGCUGGCGUGGGUCUACACUGGGUCAGCCAGCAUGUUCUCAGAGGCCAUCCACUCACUGGCUGACACCUGCAACCAGGCUCUGCUCGCUCUGGGGAUCAGCCAAUCAAUCCGCAACCCUGACGCUGUGCACCCAUAUGGCUUCUCCAACAUGCGCUACAUCGCCUCCCUCAUCAGUGGCGUGGGGAUUUUCAUGAUGGGGGCGGGCCUGUCCUGGUACCAUGGCAUCAUGGGACUUCUUCACCCGGAGCCAAUUGAAUCUCUGCUUUGGGCCUACUGUAUAUUGGCGGGGUCUCUGGUCUCAGAAGGGGCAACGUUACUUGUGGCAAUCAAUGAGAUCAAGAGGAGUGCCCACCAACAGGGAGUGUCUUUCUAUGAAUAUGUCAUGCAGAGUCGAGACCCCAGCACAAACGUGGUGCUGCUGGAAGACACUGCUGCUGUGCUGGGAGUCAUUUUGGCUGCGGGCUGCAUGGGCCUGACCUCCCUCACAGGUAACCCUUACUACGACAGUUUGGGCUCUUUGGGGGUCGGAACCUUGCUGGGCACCGUCUCCGCAUUCCUCAUCUACACUAACACAGAAGCACUGCUGGGCAGGUCCAUCCAGGCAGAGCGUGUGCAGAAGCUGACUGAGUUUCUGGAGAACGAUCCUGCUGUCAGAGCCAUCCACGACGUGAAGGCCACUGACAUGGGUCUGAGUAAAGUUCGCUUUAAGGCAGAAGUCGACUUUGAUGGCCGAGUCGUGACCCGCUCUUAUCUGGAGAAGCAAGACAUUGACCAAAUCCUCAAUGACAUUCAGCUGGUGAAGACCCCAGAAGAGCUGGAGAACUUCAUGCUGAAACAUGGGGAGAACAUCAUUGACACUCUGGGAGCUGAAGUGGACCGUUUGGAGAAAGAGCUGAAGCAACGUAAUCCUGAGGUUCGCCACGUGGAUUUGGAGAUCCUAUAACAGAGACCGUCUCCCUCUGCUACAUGAACAACCUGGAGGUCUCCUUCCUGACUAAGACAGCACAAACCUCCUCUUAAUCAUUUCGGUUCUGAACCUGUGUUCACAUUCCUCGGAUGAAUGUGCAGUUUGGAACCUUCAGGGUUGGUGCUGCUCAUCUUCAACGCGACCCUUCGAUUCACGCUCAUAGCCUUCUGGUACCAAUUAAAUACAGCCAUUUGCUAGGUGUACUUCUUGUUUUUAAAGUUAUGCAUUCUGAAAGUUAGAGUGCUUAUUAUUUUUAAUUCAAAGCGCAAAAAUAUUUGGCAAGUUCAAACAAAUGUACGUCUUUUACUUUAGCAACAGUAGAAAUCAGAGAGAGAAGUUUGCAGUUGUCACCUCAUGCCAUGACGCUUUGGAAGCGACGUUUUAUAAUCCAUGUACUUGCAUGUUUGAUUGAAAAGAGUGACAGUAACAUGUCUGCCAUGUCAUGUGCACACUCAACUGUAAGUGCUUGGUGUUGACAUGCAUAGUACUGAUACUUAACAAUUCCCUCACUGCUGAAUCUCUCAACUAAAGUGCAUCAUACACCGACAGCACUGGGACACACCUGGCUGCAAAAACAGGCCAGGAAACUGCUUAUUCUGUUUCAAGAAGUAGGCCAGAGUCAUUUCACCUAUGUGGGAGGCUGAAUAUAUAUAUAUAUAAAUAUUCCUAUAUAUUUUUGAAGGAGUGUAAUGUUUCCUGUUGUGAUGUUGACGCAGCUGAAGGAAUAAAUUUGAAUAAUUUAUUAUGUCAUUUCAGUGUCUGGAAUAGAUUUAUUUAUGUCACUGUUGCUAGGUGCUUUACAUGAGGGUUCAACCAGCAGAGCUGAGCCAGAAGAUGAAAAUUCUGGCUUUACUGACAACCACAGGACAAGAGAUGUCACUGUCACACAGUACAUUACCUAUUACUCAUCGUGUGGAGCAGACGGCUUUGGGAAACGAGAAAAUAAAAUGUGA